AUGGGGCUGAGCAGAUUUGGAGGAUUGGUUAAAGGGCUUGGAGUUGCCAGGAGAAGGCCAUUUGCAACCUCCACUUACUCUUCCUCCUCCACCGCCGCCGGUGAUGGAACAAUUGUUCGUGGCACGGGUAGCAAAUCAUUGAACCUCUACUCUGCCAUCAACCAAGCGCUCCACAUCGCCUUGGAAACUGAUCCUCGUUCUUAUGUAUUUGGAGAAGAUGUGAGCUUUGGUGGGGUCUUCCGCUGCACAACAGGCUUAGCUGAUCGCUUCGGUAAUCAAAGGGUUUUUAAUACCCCUCUUUGUGAACAGGGCAUUGUAGGAUUUGGCAUUGGUCUAGCAGCUAUGGGUAAUCGAGCUGUAGCAGAAAUCCAAUUCGCAGAUUAUAUUUUUCCAGCUUUUGAUCAGAUUGUCAACGAAGCUGCAAAGUUCAGAUACCGAAGUGGAAAUCAAUUUAAUUGUGGAGGUUUAACAAUAAGAGCCCCCUAUGGAGCUGUCGGCCACGGUGGACAUUAUCACUCUCAAUCUCCUGAAGCUUUCUUCUGUCAUGCCCCUGGUCUCAAAGUGGUCAUCCCUCGAAGUCCAUUCCAAGCAAAAGGCUUAUUGCUGUCGUGCAUACGUGAUCCAAAUCCUGUUGUGUUUUUUGAACCAAAGUGGUUAUACAGAUUAUCAGUAGAAGAGGUUCCUGAGCAUGAUUACAUGUUGCCUUUAUCAGAGGCAGAGGUAAUUCGAGAGGGCACUGAUAUAACGCUUGUUGGUUGGGGAGCUCAGUUAUCUGUAAUGGAACAGGCCUGUAAAGAAGCCGAAAAAGAUGGAAUUUCUUGCGAACUGAUAGACCUGCGAACUCUUUUACCGUGGGACAAGGAUACAGUGGAGGCCUCUGUCAGAAAGACAGGAAGGCUUCUUAUAAGUCAUGAAGCGCCAGUUACUGGAGGAUUUGGUGCUGAAAUAUCCGCUUCAAUUAUUGAACGCUGCUUCCUAAGGUUAGAAGCACCUGUUGCAAGAGUAUGCGGUUUGGAUACCCCCUUCCCUCUCAUCUUCGAGCCCUUUUAUAUGCCCACCAAAAACAAGAUAUUGGAUGCAAUCAAAUCAACCGUAAAUUUCUAGUGUAAUGAGCCCAUUAUCAUCCAGUCUUACACAUGAUGGAGGAAAUAAACGUUUCAGUUCUUCAUCAAUCAAAACCAGUAUCAGUGUGUAAAAGAAACCAGCACAGCGAGAGAGAGAGAUUUGUGUUAAAAACUACUUGUUUACUUGCAUUUUGUUAAAGGUAACAUCACAUCACUCAACUAAACAAAAGACAGAACCAAGAGUCAAAAUUUAUAUUCA